GGAAUGAAAGUGAAAGAAAUGUUGUUUUCAUAGUUUUAGUCGUUACACAAAAACCUGCAAUUUCACACUUUUUUACAUUUUUUACCUUUUCCUUUUUUUUCCCACCAUCACUUUUCUUUGUAAAAAGCAUAACAACAUUAUAACAGUAAACAUUACCCAUUCUCUUCUUAUUCUCAUUCUCCUUCUUCUUCUUUGUUAAGUUCUUCACUUUUUUUUUUUUUCUUUCUCUCUCUUCAUUUUCUUUUUAAUAUUCAUCAUUCUUCCAAAUAAUAUUAUGACAUAAUCUUUCAUGCAUUAAUAUCAUCUUCCUACAUUGUGGAGUUAAGCUAAUUACAAAACCCUGAUAUACAAUGACAAGGGUGAGUCCUGAGCUUGAUUAUGAGGUGCAUAGUGAUGCAGUUCUAUCAGUUUCUGCUGAUGUUAGCUUUCCUUCUAAUGGAUUUCCAAAGUACAAAAUUGGACCCAAUAAUGAGAUAGUGGAAGAGCCUAAGCCUCAUCCCGAUUCCCCGCCCCUCAAGGAGGUUGUUACACAAGAAACCAAGCAACUAGCCGAGCAAAACAAACGUCUCUCCGUUAGAGAUCUUGCCACUAAAUUUGAUAAGAAUUUGUCUGCUGCUGCUAAGCUAUCAGAUCAGGCUAAAAUAAGGGAGACGGCUUCAUUGGAAGGACAUGUUCUUUUGAAGAAACUCAGAGAUGCUCUGGAAUUAUUUAAAGGCUGCAUGGCCGGUAGAAAUAAGGAGGAUGUAGAGAAAGCUAUCUCCAUGGUGGAAGCUUUGGCAGUUAAACUGACUCAGGAAGAAGGAGAGCUAAUUCAAGAGAAGUUCGAAGUCAAGAAGCUGGCAAACUUUCUUAAGCAGGCUUCUGAAGAUGCAAAAAGAUUGGUAAAUCAGGAAAGAUCCUUUGCUUGCGCAGAAAUUGAGAGUGCUAGAGCUGUAGUCCAGAGAUUUGGGGAGGCUCUUGAAGAAGAAGAAAAACUAGCUCAAACAUCCGGAAAGCAGGAUGUUGAGACAUUGGUGGAGGAGGUCCAGGAAGCUCGACGAAUCAAAAUGAUGCAUCAGCCGUGCAAGGUGAUGGACAUGGAACAUGAACUUCGUGCUCUAAGACUCCAGCUUCGAGAGAAGUCUAUAUUCUCGGCUAAGCUUCAAAAAGAGCUGGCAAUGAGCAAGAGAGCGGAAGAGAGUAGAUUAUGUGUGUACCAGUUAGAGGGUGUUCAAACCUUAGGUUCAUGUCUUAGAAUCAGGCCUCGUGCCAAUAAUGCUCCUGAUCUUUCAAAAUGCUCAAUUCAGUGGUAUCGUGUAUCAUCUGAGGGUGACCUUAAAGAAAUUAUAUCAGGUGCCAACAAACCUAUUUAUGCACCAGAACCCUUAGAUGUGGGCAAAAUUUUACGAGCUGAUGUUGUUUCUGAUACUCAGACGAUUUCAGUGACAACUGUUGCAGCCAUUGACCCUGCUCCUGGAUUGACAAGCUAUGUGCAAUCACUUCAGCGGAGGUCCAAUGCAGAAUUCCAUGUUGUAAUAUCACAGAUGAAUGGACAUGAUUAUCCAUCACAUUCUAUCCAUGUAUUUCAUGUGGGAAGAUCAAGACUAAAACUCAGCAGAGGAUGGAUAAAUAAAACCAGGGAGUCAUAUUCUACAUCAAUGCAGCUAUGUGGUGUAAGAGGAGGAGGUAAUGCUGCUUCGAAAUCAUUGUUUUGGCAAGUAAGGAAGGGACUUUCCUAUGUUUUGACAUUCGAAUCCGAAAGAGACAGAAAUGCGGCCAUUAUGAUUGCAAGAAAAUAUGCUCUUGAUUGCCAUGUCGAACUCAUUGGACCUAACGAGUGACGACGGAAGCUAAUAUCAAGCCUAACCAAAUUUUGGAGCCUCUAUCGAAUUGAAUGCGAGAUUAACCUUGAUAAAAGAGUUUCCCUUGAUUUUUUUUGUUAUUUUUGUUAUGGCUUUCUUGGUGUGUUGAUUUUGGUUGUAUAUUUGUGUGGUUUUAGAUGAUAUAUAUAGAAUAAUGGCUUGUAUUGGUUCACUAAUUUAGUUACAAUCCUUCCUUAGGCAUUGGUUAUUUUUGUUUGCCUAAUUCUUGGUUGUAACCUUUCUUGUUGAUAUAGAUAUAAUCAUGUGCUUUUCACAAAGUGGCGUAUACCGUGAAUUCAAUUUGUUUCACAA